AUGUGGCGGACGCGAGCGGCGGCGGCGUGUGUCAUCUGCCGGAGCCUAGCAAAUAGGAGCUGUGGAAUAAAACGAAAAACACCGCUUCAAAACCUGCAUCUUGUUUCCCGAAGUAUACAUCAUCCCUACUAUCCAAGUUCAAAGUUUCCAAGGCCUCCAUUAAGGAUAUCCAUUCAGCUGUUCUCUUCUCUCAAUCGUCUGCCCCUACGCAAAGCAAAACUUUUAAGUGUCAAAUAUGGAUACCAGUUCCGCAGGAACUUUUGGCUAGCUCGGCUAGCAUCAAGGCUUCUCAAAAUUCGCUAUCUCAUACUGGGAUCUGCUGUAGGUGGUGGUUAUACAGCUAAGAAGACAUAUGAUCAGUGGAAGGACAUGAUGCCAGAUCUUGAUGAAUAUAAGUGGAUUGUUCCUGACUUCUUUUGGGAGCUUGAUGAACAUAUUGACUUCGAAAAGCUUAUCAAAGCCCUUCCUGAUGCAGAUGACCUUGCCAAACUUCUGCCUGACUUUGACAAGAUUGGAGAGAGCUUCGCAUCCCUGAAAGGAUUUUUUUCUCCUGGUUACAAUUUGGUUAGUGAAGUCAUAGGAGCUUCUGAUCUACUUCUGUUGUUAGGUUCUCCAGGAGAAACAGCAUUCAGAGCUACUGACCAGGGAUAUGACAAUGACAAGCAGUUCAAGAAGGGCCUGCUUGGUGAACUCAUUCUGUUACAACAACAAAUCCAGCAGCAUGAAGAGGAGGCACGCAGAGCUACUGGCCAGUAUAACAUGGGGUCUUCCCAGCAGAAGAGAAAGGUUUCUGACAAAGAGAAGAUUGAUCAACUUCAAGAAGAACUGUUACGUACUCAGCUCAAGUACCAAAGAAUGCUUGAACGAUUAGAGAAGGAGAACAAAGAAUUAAGAAAACUGGUCCUGCAAAGAGAUGACAAGGGAAUUCAUCAGAGGAAAUUAAAGAAAUCCUUGAUUGAUAUGUAUUCUGAAGUACUCGACAUCCUGUCUGAUUAUGAUGCCAGUUAUAACACUCAAGAUCACCUUCCUCGAGUGGUGGUGGUUGGAGAUCAAAGUGCAGGAAAAACCAGCGUGUUAGAAAUGAUCGCCCAAGCUCGCAUCUUCCCUCGAGGCUCCGGGGAGAUGAUGACACGUUCCCCUGUGAAGGUGACCCUCAGUGAAGGUCCCCACCAUGUGGCUUUAUUCAAAGACAGCUCUCGGGAGUUCGAUCUGACCAAGGAGGAGGAUCUUGCAGCUUUGAGAAAUGAAAUAGAAAUCAGAAUGAGAAAUAGUGUGAAGGAAGGGUGCACUGUUAGCACUGAGACCAUCUCUUUAAGUGUGAAAGGUCCUGGGUUGCAGAGAAUGGUGUUAGUUGAUUUGCCUGGAGUCAUUAGUACUGUGACAUCAGGUAUGGCUCCAGAUACAAAGGAAACUAUCUUUAGCCUCAGCAAGGCCUACAUGCAGAAUCCUAAUGCCAUCAUCCUUUGUAUUCAAGAUGGAUCAGUGGAUGCAGAACGCAGCAUCGUCACAGACUUGGUCAGCCAAAUGGAUCCCCAAGGCAAAAGGACAAUUUUUGUGCUGACUAAAGUUGAUCUUGCUGAGAAGAAUGUGGGUAGCCCAAGCAGGAUCCAGCAAAUAAUUGAAGGCAAACUCUUCCCAAUGAAAGCUUUGGGUUAUUUUGCAGUUGUUACUGGAAAAGGAAACAGCAGUGAAAGCAUUGAAUCUAUUAAAGAAUAUGAAGAGGAAUUUUUUCAAAAAUCAAAACUGUUGAAGACGUGUAUGCUGAAGGCACACCAGGUAACAACAAAGAACUUAAGUCUUGCUGUGUCAGAUUGCUUUUGGAAAAUGGUAAGAGAGUCUGUGGAGCAGCAAGCAGAUGCCUUUAAAGCCACACGUUUCAAUCUUGAGACUGAAUGGAAGAACAAUUACCCCAGGUUACGAGAGCUUGACAGGAAUGAACUGUUUGAAAAAGCAAAGAAUGAGAUUCUUGAUGAAGUCAUAAGUUUGACUCAGGUCACACCAAAGCACUGGGAGGAGAUUCUUCAGAAGACUUUGUGGGAAAGGGUAUCUACUCAUGUGAUUGAGAACAUAUACCUUCCAGCAGCACAGACUAUGAACUCAGGGACAUUUAACACCACUGUAGACAUCAAACUGAAGCAGUGGACUGACAAGCAACUGCCUAAUAAAGCAGUAGAGGUGGCAUGGGAGACUUUGCAAGAGGAGUUCUCCCGCUUCAUGACGGAACAGAAAGGCAAAGAGCACGAUGAUAUCUUUGAUAAACUGAAACAAGCUGUCAAAGAAGAAACUAUCAAACGACACAAAUGGAAUGAGAGAGCAGAGGAUAGCCUGCGAGUGAUCCAGCACAAUGCCUUAGAAGAUCGAUCAAUCUCUGAUAAACAGCAGUGGGAUGCAGCCAUUCAUUUUAUGGAAGAGACUCUCCAAAGUCGUCUCAAAGACACUGAAUCUAUUAUUGAAGAUAUGGUGGGUCCAGACUGGAAAAAAAGAUGGUUAUACUGGGUAGGCCGCACCAAAGAACAGAAUAUUCGUAAUGAGACAAAAAACGAACUGGAGAAGUUAAUCAAACGUGAUGAAGAACAUGCAGCUUAUCUGGCAAACGAUGAAGUGACGACUGUGAGAAAAAACCUUGAAGCAAGAGGAGUAACAGUGGACCCAUGUCUGAUUAAAGACACAUGGCACCAAAUUUAUAGAAGAUAUUUCCUGAAGACUGCUUUGAACCACUGCAAUCUAUGUCGAAGAGGUUUCUAUUAUUAUCAGAGGCAUUUUGUGGACUCAGAGAUUCAGGAGGUCACAGAUCCCACGCACAUUAUUCUGAGGAAAUCAUUUGUUACUCAGUACAAAAUGGUGUAUGAUGAAAAAGUUCGGGAAAUCCAGGAAAAACUUGAAGCCUUCAUAGAAGCCCUCCAUCAAGAAAAGUAGACUGCUCAAGCAGCAACUUCACACAAGAAUGCAGCCUUUUCCGGGAUAUCUUGCACAACGAAGACCGAGUAGCUAAGGCUUUUGUGUCCUGUUCUCUUUCCUGGCUUCUGGGGAGCAUCCUGAAAUGUUGGCAGAGAAAGAAAAUAAUGUCUCAUGGGACUGAGGUGUUCAGUUGAAAGACUUGUAAUUUUUGAAGCUACAUGACAGAAGAAUCUGACUUGUGUGUCACUAAGAUAGCUUGGGAGCUUGCUGAAGUUGUACAUUUAAGGUCUUUGGGUUUGUUUUUUGUUUUCCUGAAAGGAAAAGCACUACCUCGUGUGGUAGAGCUGGAUCAGAUUCAUAAAAUUGUGUUAUCUGUUGUCAUUUUCUUGCCUGCAAAUGAUCCUGGGAGUUUGACAUGAAGUUUUAGUAUUUGUAUGUACAUUAAAACACCCUUCAAAUUGAUGCCAUUUGUA